UGUUGCAUGGGCUCUCCUAAAUAGAUGUCUGUUGGACAUGCAUCAUAGUCUGGCACCCCACUAAUUCUUGAGGAUACUUCUACAUUACAUAGAAGAAAAUAAUCUCCAAAAUUCAUUAUCUACGUUUUUGCAACUUCACACACACACAUAGAUUGUCCAUUGGGCAACAAUGUUACUUACCUCAAAUGUUUUUUUUUUCCAUGGUAGCUCAUGCCUCUCUGAAUUGUAUAAGCCAUUAAAAGAUCCACUAAUAAAGCGUUGUGUCGAGAUAAUAGAGAUGGACAAGGAACAUGUCUCUAUUGGAAGUAGUGCAGUUUCAGCAGCAAGAAGCAUUUGGUCAAAAAUUUUUCCUAAGCCUCGAAGGUCUUGGAUACCAACUGGUUGCUUGCAACUUCUUGAGGUUCUACAUGGGGCUCUACCAAAAAUGUCUCUAAUUGCAUCUGACUUCAGUUACCUUCCUGAUGUGAGAAUAGCUGGUGAUAGAGCUCCUUUAGUUUCAACCAAGAAAGAUGGCAGCAGUUUAGAUCAUAGCAGCUACAUUGAUGCAAAGGGUGAUGCUGAUAUAUUUUUUCCAACAGACUUCUGGAUCCUAGAACGCAUGGACCAUUACUGCUCUGGAUGGAUGAAGGUGCAGAAAGACACGUCAUCAAAACAGGGGAAGAAGAGAAGAACAAUUAUUCUUGAUACAGCAUCUUUCAUGGAAGAAUUUGGCCUCCCAUCAAAGACAAGAACCAAGGAUGGGUACAAUCCACUUCUUGAUGAUUUCAAGAAUACCAAGUUUUACCUUAGUGUGCCAACACAUAAUACCAAGUAGAGCAGAUCACUGACAUUUUUUACUGGAAAGCAUAUCUUCAGGCAAUUCCCAACUUUUUUCCAGGAAAGCAUACAUGUGGAUAUGCAAAAGUGUUUAUGUAAUUUAGCUUCAACCAUUGGAAAGACGAUCCAGUUUUAAGACACAAUCAGUUGGGCCCGGUUAAUGGAAAAGCAGGAGCAGAGUUUCUUUGUUUUUGUUAACAGAUACUGAAGGCAACAGGUUUUCUGAUGUCCAGUGAAUGCUCGAAAUGCACAUAAGCAUGGAGAGGAUGAGUGUAUUUUUUUUCAAAUUUGUCAAAUGUCGGUUGUAUUUAUUUAAAAUAAYGAUUACCUUAAUCCAUGUAUUACGUAUUUGAAAAGAAUUUACCAUUAGAAGUUCAAUUGAUUGGAYCUUCCAAUUUGCAUUUAGUGUACAGGCAGUAAUUUGUGCAUGGCUAUGUGCAAAAUGGAAAAACAGGAAAGGGAAUAACUCAUUCUUGGAACAAUAUA